UAGAUGCAGUUCAAGAUGUCCUGCAGUGGCGCAACGAGCAUUCUUAUCAUGAAAGUGUGCUUUUGAUAUAUAUUUUACUCACCUCCCACACAUUUCUCGGGAAACUGUUCUGUGAUGCUGAGGGAAACACAUUGGGACCACCUGCCUCACGUUCCUCAGUGGCACUCUUGUGUGGUACAGCAGCGUUACUUUCGUGUUAGUAAAAAAAUAGCGAUUCUUUCUUCAGAGCACUGACGGAGUUGCUUCGGAGAAACCUAUGGACUCACCAUCAGACAGCGCGCGCCCAGCCUGUUAAAAGGGGAGCAGAUAAGAGCUGAGUUGGAGACAUGGCCUUUGUGUUGAGUCAACCUAACCAUGGGUCUCACAGCCUGGUAGUGUGUGGGUGCUACUACUAACAGAAAGGAACAUGGCAUUUGGGCCAUGUCUGGCAUGACGAUGAACAUGUUUAAGGUUGAGUCGGACUACAUUAACUGCACCAUCAGCCAUGAGAUCCACCAGUACCUGUUCUCUGGAGCCUACAUCCUGGUCCUUCUGAUCGGCGUGCCCACCAAUGCCUUCUCCCUCUACCACGCCUGGCUGCAGCUGAGAGCCAAGAACGAGCUGGGGGUCUACCUGCUCAACCUGACCAUGUCGGACCUCCUCUACCUGGCCUCGUUGCCUCUCUGGCUGCAGUACAUCUUCCAGGGAGAUGACUGGAGCCAAACGGAGUGGCUGUGCCAACUGUGUGGCUUCCUGCUAUAUGAAAACAUCUAUAUUAGCAUAGGGUUCUUAUGUUGUAUCUCUAUAGACCGUUACCUGGCCGUGGUGUACCCGUUCCACUUCACAGCAUUCCGGAGCAUGCGGGCAGCUACAUUGGCCAGCGCGUUCAUCUGGCUGAAAGAGAUUGCCGUGGGCGUGGUCUUUUUCAGACACAAGGAACUAAGCACUGACCGCACCAACCAAUCGGUUUGCUUUGAGCACUACCCCAUGCAACCAUGGGAGUAUCCAAUUAACUACUACCGUUUCUCCGUUGGUUUCCUGUUCCCCCUGGGCAUCCUUUCCGUGUCGUAUUUCAGAGUCCUACGGGCAGUCAGGAAGAGCACUGGCACUCAGAGCGCCCAGAAGACCCGCAUCAAGAACCUGGUGACCAGCACCAUUGUCAUAUUCCUGGUAUGUUUCUCUCCGUACCAUGUGUUCCUGCUGCUGCGUACAGUCUUUGAGAGGGACUGCCCCUUCAUCAUCAGUAUCUUCAACUACUAUCACUUCUCCCUGCUGCUCACCAGCUUCAACUGUGUGGCUGACCCGGCGCUGUACUGCUUCGUCAGUGAGAGCGCCCAGCAGGGGAUCCAGCAGGCCCAGGAGGCCUGUACCCAGGCCCUCUGCUGCAGCUGCUACAGGGGACAGCAUAGCCCUGUUACCGCCACCACCACGGGGACAGACUCCAACGAGGUGGCCACCUCCAACGAGAAGGGGACAACAACCAUCACACUGCUGACACAGAACCAGAUGAUCUAGCAGUAAUAUAAAUAAUACAUGGGUUUUAUAAAGUUCUUUGGAAGGACCUAAAGAUGCUUGAAUAGUAGUCUAGGAGCUGGAACCAUAUUUGGAUAAGAGGGAUGGUGGGAAAGAUACUGACAGUGACAUGGAACAUUCUACAAUGAGAUGUCAUUUAAAAAAGCUCUUUAAAACACUCUUGUAGCACUGCUAUAAGGUAAUGUUUUUUGUUUUUAAUUUUUACAAUGCUUUCUUUUGAGAUAGUUUUGAACUCAAGACUAACUCUAUAUAGGCUAGCAAAUGUCUUCCUGUAACAUUUUGUUUCUAUCUCUCAUCACAUUAUUUAAUAUUAAUUCUCAGGGUUUCAAAUCCCAGACGGUGAUUUCAGGAGUGACUGACUUCAUACCUAUCAGCACAGAUCAGACAUAUCAACACGUGACCUAAUAUAUCUCUAUCGUAGGUCCUCUACGAUUCUUGGGUUAGAUUCUUGCUGCUCAAUAUCUGUGAAUCGCUCCCAUUUCAGGGGUAUGUAAAGGAUUCCUCAACUUAGCUCAGAUUCAUAAAUGACACUGUGUGUAAGAGCAUAAACAAAAAUACAUACAAACAGUGAGCUCCAAAUGUAUUGGGGUAGUGGCAAUUUCUGUAAUUCAGCACUUUGGAUUUUAAGUCAUACCCCACCAAAAAUGAUAACCUCCCCAGUUAAUUUUUAUUUAUUUUAUUUCACCUUUAUUUAACCAGGUAGGCUAGUUGAGAACAAGUUCUCAUUUACAACUGCGACCUGGCCAAGAUAAAGCGUAGCAAUUCGACACACAACAACACAGAGUUACACAUGGAAUAAACAGAACAUACAGUCAAUAAUACAGUAAGAACAAAAGAAAACAAAAAGUCUAUAUACAGUGAGUGCAAAUGAGGUAAGUUAAGAAAAUAAUGCUAUGGUGACCAGUGAGCUGAGAUAAGGCAGGGCUUUACCUAGCAGAGACUUGUAGAUAACCUGUAGCCAGUGUGUUUGGCGACGAGUAUGAAGCGAGGGCCAACCAACGAGAGGGUACAGGUCGCAAUGGUGGGUAGUGUAUGGGGAUUUGGUGACAAAACGGAUGGCACUGUGAUAGACUGCAUCCAGUUUGUUGAGUAGAGUGUUGGAGGCAAUUUUAUAGAUGACAUCACCGAAGUCGAGGAUCGGUAGGAUGGUCAGUUUUACGAGGGUAUGUUUGGAAGCAUGAGUGAAGGAUGCCUUGUUGCAAUAUAGGAAGCCGAUUCUAGAUUUAAUUUUGGAUUGGAGAUGCUUAAUGUGAGUCUGGAAGGAGAGUUUACAGUCUAACCAGACACCCAGGUAUUUGUAGUUGUCCACGUAUUCUAAGUCAGAGCCGUCCAGAGUAGUGAUGCUGGACGGGCGAGCAGGUGCGGGCAGCGGUCGAUUGAAAAGCAUGCGUUUAAGAGCAGUUGGAGGCCACGGAAGGAGAGUUGUAUGGCAUUGAAGCUCGUCUGGAGAUUAGUUAACACAGUGUCCAAGGAGGGGCCAGAAGUAUACAGAAUGGUGUCGUCUGCGUAGAGGUGGAUCAGAGAAUCACCAGCAGCAAGAGCAACAUCAUUGAUGUAUACAGAAAAGAGAGUUGGCCCGAGGAUUGAACCCUGUGGCACACCCAUAGAGACUGUCAGAGGGUCAGACAACAGGCCCUCCGAUUUGACACACUGAACUCUAUCAGAGAAGUAGUUGGUAAACCAGAUGAGGCAAUCAUUUGAGAAACCAAGGCUGUCGAGUCUGCCAAUAAGAAUGUUGUGAUUAACAGUCGAAAGCCUUGGCUAGGUCGAUGAAUACGGCUGCACAGUAAUGUCUCUUAUCGAUGGCGGUUAUGAUGUCGUUUAGAACCUUGAGCGUGGCUGAGGUGCACCCAUGACCAGCUCUGAAACCAGAUUGCAUAGCGGAGAAGGUAUGGUGGGAUUCGAAAUGGUCAGUGAUCUGUUUGUUAACUUGGCUUUCGAAGAGCUUAAAAAGACAGGGUAGGAUGGAUAUAGGUAUAUAACAGUCUGGGUCUAGAGUGUCACCCCCUUUGAAGAGGGGGAUGACCACGGCAGCUUUCCAAUCUUUGGGAAUCUCAGACGAUACGAAAAGAGAGGUUGAACAGGCUAGUAAUAGGGGUUGCAACAAUUUUGGCAGAUAAUUUUAGAAAGAGAGGGUCCAGAUUGUCUAGCCCGGCUGAUUUGUAGGGGUCCAGAUUUUUGCAGCUCUUUCAGAACAUCGGCUAUCUGGAUUUGGGUAAAGGAGAAGGUGGGGGCUUUGGCGGGUUGCUGUGGAGGGUGCCGGGCAGUUGACCGGGGUAGGGGUAGCCAUGUGGAAAGCAUGGCCAGCCGUAGUGAAAUGCUUAUUGAAAUUCUCAAUUAUAGUGGAUUUAUCGGUGGUGACAGUGUUUCCUAGCCUCAGAGCAGUGGGCAGCUGGGAGGAGGUGCUCUUAUUGUCCAUGGACUUUACAGUGUCCCAGAACUUUUUUGAGUUAGUACUACAGGAUGCAAAUUUCUGUUUGAAAAAGCCAGCCUUAGCUUUCCUAACUGCCUGUGUAUAUUUGUUCCUAACUUCCCUGAAAAGUUGCAUAUCACGGGGGCUGUUCGAUGCUAAUGCAGAACCCCACAGGAAGUUUUUGUGCUGGUCAAGGGCAGACAGGUCUGGCGUGAACCAAGGACUAUAUCUAUUCCUAGUUAUUGUAAUGGUGAGAGGUUAGCAUGUCGUGGGGGUAUAUUUAUGCCUCUUAACUUUUUCUCUAAUCAUUAUUCAUUCAGGUUUAUCUGUAAUCAUGGUUGCAUCCACAUUAAUGUUAAGUGUUAAGAAUCCUAUUCUAUUCUUACAAUAAAAGGGACUCCAAAAGGACAGAUUAUUCACCAUUCAUUUCUAUUGGGCACAAAAUAAUCUGAAACACAUUCAAAACAAACAGCAAAUGCAUCAAACAAGGUUAUACAGUUACAAUCUUAACCUAGUAAAGAUGUGCUAUGAAUAUUAUACCAAAUACAUCACUUUUUACUACUUUAUUACAGAUAUGAGUGAAUUUGUCGUCUGAAAUGUGGCUACUAUGUACAAAAGGUGCUGUAAUUUCUAAACAGUUCACCUGAAAAGAAUGCCUUCAAAUUAAAGCUGACAGUCUGCUCUUUAACCUUCAUAGUCAUUGUAUCCUUUCAAAUCCAAAGUCCUGGAGUACAGAGCCAGAACAACAAAUGUGUCACUGUCCCAAUACUUGUGGAGCGGAGCUCACAUAAAUGCAUACAUUGGUUAAGCGCCUAAACAGAAAUUCAUUCAUUUUGAAUGUUAUGUUGUUUUUAUGCAUCUCUGAGUGAUGUUCUAUUGAUUCCCGGGUCAUUUCAUGUUUUAAUGUGUAUCUGAACUAUUGUCGUUCAAGCAGGCAUAAAUACCGGCAGUAUGAAAAGUUAUGCAUCAUUUAAAAGUUCUAUAUCUUGAAAACUUGAUUUCUGACAGGCACAAUAAUGACUAUCAACAGUGGACCAAUUAAACAAAUACCAAAAUAUAUAUUUGAAGUGGAUUAUUCCAGCGGAGUCCAGCUCAGUAGUACCCCAGAGGUCCUGACUUACUUGACUUCUUUGUGGAGCAUAGGUCGAUCACAAUGUUCUCCACCACAUUCUCUUUCCCAGGGGCCUUCCCUGCCUCUAUUAAGGAUGUCUUAGUUGGAACAGCCCCAUGACGCUCCCAUCCCCAUGUCUUCCCAGGCUGUGUCCUGGCCACACAGCCUGAGUAUUUCCAGGUUAAACAACCCACAGGAGGACCAGCACAGCUGACCUCUCUCACCUUUCACACUGCACAGAUUUUCUGCUGCAUUUUUCCCCUCCUUACAUUGGUAUUAUUACUUUCUUAAGUACCAGUUCUUCCCAAAGCAGAAGAACAUAGGAAAAGAGGCUUUUCAAUGGUGAAUGAGGCAGUUGUACAUCACCUAAGGAUGGACUGGUUGUUCUCAGAAUGAUGAUGAAUUGGAACAUGUAAGGCAAGCAGAGAUAUUCAGAGCUCAUAAAUCAUGGGUGAAUAACUUCAUACAGUAGGAGACUGUGUAACAAUAGCGACUCAUAUGUCGCUAUGUAUGUAUAUGUAUGCAUGUCACUUUAACCACACAAUAAGAACAUAUUAUAUAUCUGUUGAGUAAUGUUCAAAGUCUAUUUUUGUAGAUAUGUCUUAACCAAUUCAUGGGUUUAAUGUUCUCUUGUUGAAUUCUUGCUAUUUGAAAGAUUUGCUUUGUGGCCAUGUGGCCUUGCUUGACGUUAGCAGUGACACACUAUUCAGUGAUGCAGGAAAUGCAUUCUUGUUGCGUAGGAUAGUUGCUGUUACGUGACUUUUAUUCUACUUCUGCUGAAGUUAUGAACCCUUGCUGUUUUUCUUUUCAUUUGGUCUUAUUGGAAAUGUUCUCAGCACAUCUCUCAUAUUUACAACAUCAAUAUUAAAAUGCUGCCAUAA